CAUCUAUCCGCUAGAGGUUCUACUGUGCAUUAUGGCCAUUAUUGUGGAAGUUAAUCAGCGCAUCAUCUAACGUUACAUAGUUAGUUCGUUUUCAGAUAGCAUGUGUAGUGGUAUUUUAAUACAAUUAUUGAAAAUAUAUAUAUAGUUUUAGUUUUUCCUCUACUUUUUUCAUCCAUAACAUAAACUCUUAUUUACAUAACCUUUUUUGUCAAAUGAAUUUUCAUAUUUAAAACUCAUUUCCUCAUAACAUGAAGUUAUUGUGAUAUAAUAUACUAGUUGCUAAUAUUUGCGAAUCUAGUCAAAACGAGAAAGUGACAAUAAUAAGAAACAAUAAUAAGAACACAAAUAAAGAAACCAGCUGUUAAAACGAACGACAAUCGUAUGAUUGAUCCAAUAAAUGAAAUAGUAAAUGAAGUAAUCAUUUGUAAAUUAACGAAAAACAAAACAAUAAUAAAUAGUUCUUGUUCAGUGGAAGAAGAAUCGAACAAAAUCAAAAAGUUAAUUAAUUAUUCGCUUAAAAACUGCAUAAAAAUAUUAUAUUAAGAGGAACGUAUAUACGCACAGUGCUUUACUUACUACUUUAUCUGUGUAUGUAGAAUCAUAUAAUAUUAUUUUGACGUGUGAGAAAAAAAUCGAUUUUUUUGCACGAGUUGAAUAUCGAAAUCAAAAAUGUGGAAUUCAAGAACGACACCAAUGGAAAGCAAUGUUCCAGAGAAUGAGCAACAGAAGUUCGAAAAACAACAUAAUUCGGGCCACUCUGAUUCCGGAUUUUUAUCCAGUGGAAAUCUCCAAAUCAGUUCAGAGCUACACGAUCACGAAUUGAAUAUUGCAACCGCACCUGUUGUUCCGGAACCAAUGAGAAUAGAUAGUGGUGUGGAUCUUGACUCAAGCGAAAACUUGAGCCAAUUUACAUUAAAAAAAGUUACAUUAAAUCUUCUAACGAGCAAUAAAGUUCAAGUUGAACCUACUAUCGAAUUGACUCCAGUAAAUACCGACAAACUUGAAUUGAAGAAUGAUGUUUCAACAUUGCGACAUGAAUCGCAUCAAUCUUCUGAGAAAUCGCUCAGUGAUAAAUCUUGGCAAUUCUACUAUACACAAAAUGAUGAUGGAGACACGUUACUUCAUAUGGCCAUAAUACAAGGUUAUAUAGAAGCUACAUUCAACUUGAUAAAAAUGGCACCACAUUCAUGCCUUUUAAAUAUUCAAAAUGAUGAUGGUCAGACACCUUUACAUUUGGCUGUAUUAACACAACAAUCAAAAAUCGUUAGGCGAUUAAUUCUGGCAGGUGCAAAUCCAUCACUGAGAAGUUUUCGUGGAAAUACACCGCUUCAUCUAGCAUGUACGAUUGGUGAUCUUGCCUCGGUAAAAGCCCUCAUUGAUCCAAUAAAUUCUAUAGAAAAUAAUUACUUUCUUGCUGGGAAAAAAAUACAAAUUCUAUCACAAGAUCUGGAGCAACGAAAUUAUAAUGGACAAACAUGUUUACACAUUGCGGCUUCAUCAGAUCAAGUAGAACUCGUACGAUUUCUAGUACAUCGCGGAGCAGAUCUCAAUGCUAGAGAAGGAUUAGCAGGACGAACGGCUCUUCAUCUUGCUAUGCAAUGUAGAUGCCGAUCUGUGGUUGCGUUCCUCCUUCAAGAAUGUAGAUUUUCUUUAGAUACAAAAACCUAUCGUGGAGAGACUGCGUAUCAAUUAGCUCUACAUAUUGAUAGACAACUUGCAAGGGAAUUAGUAAGAUUGGGAGCAAUACCAGAACCAUUUCCUGAGUCAGAUUCGAAUAGUAGUGAUGAAGAUGAAAGUUCUGCAAUAAUUUAUAUAUCUUAGGCAUAAUUGUUGUGAAA